AUGCACGGCAUAACGUUGCGUCGUCGCUUGGUUGCUGAUGAUGAGCAGCGUGGAUGCUGCAAGAGAACCCGCAGGCAAGGCCCAACAUCUACCAGGUACUCCGUGAGGCUUGCGGCAUGCAAGGUCGGGAGCCUCCCAUCAAAGAUAUAUACUCGAGCAGGUCACAACCGGACUUCCACCGGUACGACCAGCCUCUCCCCGAACCCCACGGAGCCAAGUCGCCGCCUACCGUGGGCGCUGUCUUCUCCCCACAGACAGCGCAGCCGCAGCAGGUCAUUCCCGAGGUCGAGCGCAUGCGCCGGGGUAGGCUACCCGCCGCCCACUCGCCGCAACCGAACAAGCCUAGUCCCUCUCCUGGCAAGGUUACCGACGGUGACCCCUUCGCUGCUCUCGAUGUCAGGGGUCCCGUAAAAGGCGGAGACGAACUGUCGUCCAGGUUUCCCACUCUGGACCAGUUCACCCUCCUGCACGACCAGGGGCGUAAGUUCGAAUUCGACGACAGCCUUGCCAACCCUCCACAGCAGCCAAAGGACUUGUCCCAGAAGGUGGCCGAAAGAUUAGCGGACGAGGCUUUUCAGGUGAAACCUCCUUCGUCAUCUGCUCCUGCCGUGCCGAGCCCGAGGCAGUCUGCCGAUUUUAGCAGAGCAAGUCCGUCGGUCGUGUCCCCUCCCCUCAACCCCGCCAGUGCUCCUUUGAAACAGCCCGAAGUUAGCCGUGCGUCGGCCAUCAUCUCGAGCACGCCCGAGCUACAGGCCCUCUCUUUACAAACGUCGCAGCUGCCUCCGAAGCCCGUGAUGGUGUCGACAGGCACGAUGACGUCCCCGAUCCUAGAGCAAGCGCCCGUGCCUCCCCAAUUCCAACGGUAUCCGCCUAAUGAGCGGCACCGAGCAGUCAGUCUCCCACGGGCAUCUGCUACGAACCAGACCUCGCUACCGCCUGGGGAAGCGGGGGUUUCUCGGACCCCCUCGUUCCACGGCGCGGCAGCCCAGCAGACUCACGUGCGUCACCCUUCCUCGUCAAGGCCAUCGUUAGAAGGCGGGCGGCCCAGCUUGGAGCAACUGGAGCCGACCGGGCCAAGGUCGCGGCUCGCCAUGAGACCGAGGCCCGUCAGCACACAUCUCGAGUCCAACCUCGACUUCCUGCGCGAGCAGGAGUCGAGGUCGAAGUCUCCAGCAUUGCCGUCGCCGAGGCAUUCGUUGGAGCGGAGCCUGCCCCCUAGCCCGGUCGAAGACACCAACAUCGAAUCCAACGUCGACUUCCUCCGCGCGAUGGAGGAUUCGGAAUCGAAAAAGAAGGACAAGGGCGCAAAGCAUCAUAUCAAGCGAGGCAGCCUCUCGUCUCUUGGUGCUGGCACCAAGAACAUUCUUGCCGGCAAGUUCGGCGACGCCUUCAAGCGGUUCGAAGGCAACGCGAGCGGGCCGUCCGCGCAACGCACCCCUUCUCCCCUCAAAGACCACGACCGCCUCCAGCUCACGCCCAUUGCCGGCUCCGAAGCGACUGACGGCCGCAGCGACGACGGCCAGUCGCCAGACUGGGAAGACAUGACGCCCGAGAUGCGCCGCGAGCAGGAGGCGCGCAUGCUGGCGCAGGAAGAAGCCCGCGUGGCCGCCGCCCAGGCCGAGUACCGACAGCGCGUCAGCCAACGUGGCGGCGCCGGCGGCCCGCCGAUCCCUCCACCCAAGAGCAUCGGCGGCGUCUCGCGUGUCACAUCGAUCCAGAACAAGGUCCAGAGCCUCCUGGAAGAGAGCACCCGUUCGUCGGCGAGUGUGUCGCGCACCGCACAGGGGUACGGGCAUUACACGGAUGCUGCCGCUGCCGCUUCCGCUAAGCAGUCCGGGAAUGAGGGUGGCGGAAAGCCGAUUGUGCCACCGAAACCGGUCACCGGCCUCGGGCAACAGCAGGUCACUGGCGGACAGCAGCAGCAGCAGCAGCAGCAGCAACAACAACAACAACAACAACAACAGCCACGACCACAGCCGGCGUCGUCGUCGUCUGGCUUGGAACCCUCUAUCACGGGCCGCACUGCCACUCCGAUUACCGCCUCGUCGACCGCGGGAAACAGGCCCCUGGCCCCGCCGAAGCCGACACACCUAAACAAAGCCCUUCCCACCGUCACCGGCGGAGGCCGGCCGCCGUCGCCGACGAAACAGGCGCCGCUGGUGCCGAACCUUAGCUCCAGGGGUGCUUCUGCUGCUGGUAGUGGUGGUGCCGGCGGCGGCGUUGGCAGUAUCUCGUCAACCCCGAUCCGGAGCGGGCCUCUCGGGGGAGGCGGUGCCGGCACUUCUUCCGGGACGACCGAGGCGCUCCUGGCGGUGGAUCUCCCCGGCGGACAAGGGUCUGCGCUGCUCAGCAUGACGGCCGCGGAAAAGGACGACUACAUUCGGGACUUCCAGAGGCGGUUUCCAAGUCUGGGGGCCAUCGAGAUGGUGGAGCGGGAUCUGGCGGCCGAGGAUACGGCGGCCGGUAUUGGUAGCGGGAGGAGAUGAGAUGUGUGUUUUGGUCACUAUAUGCUGGGUGGGGGAUAAGAUGACUCUGGAUGGAGGCAGAGGAGGUGUACUUCUGAGCUCAACCUCUUAGGCUGCGAGAGAGCAUAACUUGGAAUAAUAAUAGACUAGUCUCCCACUGGGCGGGUGGUGUUUAUGAACGGGAUAGGGGGUGGUAGACCCGGUCAAAGGGGGGGGGGGAGAGGGGUUACGGUCGAUCGUUGUUGCACGA